CAAGGCUACUAUUACCCCCCCGGAUCAUUCCAGCGCCCCCUAGGGGCGCUCUAUUGCUCACUCUGGGAACCUCUGUGAGUGGGGAGCACUCCUUCAUACGAUCUCAACCUACAACUCACCUUUUUCAGUAUUUCUUAUCUGGCACCAACAACUCUAUCUAGAGAGUGUCUUUCUUUAACCUUGCUAUACCAAAGACAUGCUUGCCUCUGUGUGUCUCUCUGAUCAUCCUGGGCGCCUGCAGGGCUGUGAUGUGACCAUGUUCCUGACUGCUCCCAGGGGCCUGUACAGAUAAGCCACCUGUCUCCCUCAACGCCUUAACACUUUUAGCAUCUGGCUCCAGCUCAUGUCGCAGCCCGAAAUAAGACUGUGACAUAUGCAAAUAUAACUGCACAGUGUCAGCUGAAACCCUGAGCCAGCAGAGGGACACGCACAUUAAGGACUGCUGCCUGGGACCUGGUCAUCCUUUUGCGCAGAAACUCGGGGCCCGUCACUGUUCCUUCUGGCCCCUGAACAGUCCCCAGCCAGACGUGUGUCCACCUAUUCAGGAUUCUUCUCGCAGAAGUCCUCCCGGGAGCAAAAGGCAUUAACAAUGGCCAAAGCACAGGAUUUCAUGGAAGCAGUCCCUUGUCUGGACCUGGGCAAGAAGGUGAGCGUUCCUCAGGACCUCAUGAUGGAGGAGCUGUCUCUCCAUUCUAACAAGGGCUCCCUCCUGUUCCAAAAGAGACAGAAGAGAGUACAGAGGUUCACCUUUGAGUAUGCAGCCAAGCAGACACAGAGAUCAGUCUCAGAGAGUAGAGGAAGGGAUCUGGGAACCACAUCAUCAGCAGGACCACCAGAAGAGUUGGCUCCUGCCAGUGGCCCAGAUGGAAAGGAGAACUACAGGACGGAGAUCCAAAUCUUCCCUACCCCACCUCCUGGGUCUGAGAGGAGCAGUCAGGAACUACCCCCAGGAAGGGCUCCUAGUCCCAGUGCCCUGGCCUCGGGGUAUUCCAAACCCCUGACAGGCAUCCCACCAGAGAAGUUCAAUCACACAGCCAUCCCCAAGGGUUACCAGUCUCCGUGGCAAGAGUUCAUCGGCUAUAAGGAUGGAUACAAGGACUAUUACAAGGACUACCUAAACCACACACCCUUUCCCUCAGACUACAGGAAUUUCAACAAGACACCAAUGCCAUUUGGAGGACCCCUCAUCUCUGAGACAUUCCCCAAAACGGAUACACCCCUCAUCCCUAAAGAGCCCGUAAGUGGCCUGGAUCUCCUCAGCUACAGACCUAGUUUCAACCGAGUAGCCCAAGGCUGGGUGCGGUCCCUUCUGGAGUCUGAGGAACUGUGACUUGAUAUUAAUUCCUGUAUUUCUACUGCUUUGCUUUAUUAUCCUGUUAGUAGGUACAGAGAUAGUGUACUAACACUGGUUACACAUGCCAGUAGUUCUGCCACGGGUCACAUUCUGAAUUCUGCAUAAGUGAAGUCCAACUCUACCUCUCAUGUGAGAGAUCCGUAUACUUUGGGUCCUAUCUUACUCCCAAACUGAGGUUCUUAUGGGCCCUAGCAAAGUAGGAAAAUGAAGGAAAGAAAGUUAGUCUAAACAAAAUAGGGUUAAUCAAUGAUAGCCCAAGCCUUGCCUUAGUGGGUUUUUUAAAAACUGUAGCACAAUGCUCAAGAAAGAUGUUACUUUUAUAGCAAAGCAGCUUUAAAAAUUCUUCCAUAAAUAUGCCGUGAGAUCCCUGUGGGUGAUGGAACGACCUAAGCCCAUAGGACAAAGAAAGUCUCUCACUGAUGUAUCAACCUUCUUAAUGGGCCAAGUCUGCCAGGUGAACUUUACUUCCCUUUCCCCCUGGCAAGAAACAGUAUUUGAUUUCAGAAUUCGCAGUUAAACGGGAGAAUGAUUGCUAGGCCCUACUGCAGAAGAUGCAUGAAUGGAAUUCCUUUCUUGCGGGCCUUUCUGUACCUUCACUGCAUCUUACUGUAAUGGAUCAGGAAGUUCUAUGCUUAGCUCUGUAUUUAAGAUAGCAGUUCUUUGCCCAUGAAGUGGAGACCAAUUAUUAAAAUAGAUGUCACAUAUGCUGGGGAGAUGGAAAGGGUAAAGGGAGAAAGACUUAUGUGUAACCUAUGCUGGUACUGAGUUAUCCUAGUAAAAAGUGACAGAGCAGCAAAAUUUAUCCACUGUGAGACUGAGACACUCAAUGGUUAGAGGUUGGUUCUUAAGUCUGACUGUAGCAAUAUAACUAGAAAAAGGCCUAGGAAGACAAUUAGCUUUUGUGCAAGCAUAUGCUGCCUUUGGUAGCACAGUUUACCAUUUAAUGCCAGUGGACAAAUUCUAUUGAUUCUCUGACCCAAAGGCCUCUUUAACAUUCGAGGGAAAGAAUUUUGAGAGUAUCCUGGCUAAGGCAGAAAGGAAAUUCAAUCUCCUCUACAACAAAUGGCGCAUAUGCUUAACUCUCUCGGUGUCUGAUCACAGGUGUGUGGAGGCCAUUGUGUUCAGCUCCGAGCUUCUCUUUUCUUAGUCUAAGGAACAGUCUCAUCAGAAAAA